AUGGGUACUGAAGAAGUAGUGGAUUCAAAAGGAAGAGUUUUACCUAGACAAAUGAUUCGUAUUCAAAGGACUGAACCCGAAGAAAAUGUUGUACGCACUGAACUCCGGUUCGUUAUUUAUCAGUCCAGAAAGGACUUGGAAGAAAAAGCUCUUUAUGAGGCAAGACAAUCCAAUAAAAUUAUUAUUUUAUGGUUUAAAGAAAAUAUAGUCAAUGAAGCAGUACAUUGUUUAAUGAAAAAAUAUGCGGAGAUGAAUACAGAACAAGUGCUGCCACCACAUGCUCCAAAAGUUGAUGAUAGCAAAUUUGCAAAGAAGCUAUCAAAAGACGAUAUAUCAAAGUUUUCCUCAAGAUUUAACGCUGAUAAGGAUUGGAUAGGAGAAACACAAAAACGACUAGAAUUGGUGGCAAAACGAGUGCAGACAAUUGAGAAGAGCGCAACCUUGAUUGGCCCUGAAUUUGCAGCUUUCCAGACUCAACUCGCAUCAUUGCUGGCUGAUUUAGAUGAAAGGAAAAAGGCUGGUGGCAGUCCCGAUGCUGCUUACCAUAAUGACCAAGUUAUUCGCGAAAAACUUGAGCAACUACAGCAAUUCGCUACAACAACUGCUCUUGCAUAUAUGAACCAUGAAAUGCAACAGCAAGACUCUCAAGCAAACUGA